GGUGCCUCCUCCCUCCCUCCCUCCGGCGCUGCCACAUCCUCCGCUGACAUCAGCCCGCGGCGCCAUAUUGGAGGAGAAGCCGCCUCCGAAAGCUCGGCCGCCGCAGGGGGGGACGCCGGCCCCCGCAGCCUCCGCCUCCCCCCUGCGCCGCUCCCCAUGACUCCCCGCGGCCGGCCUCUGUCCCGGUGCGGAUAGGGUGGAGGCAGCUGCGGAUCCCGUCGCUUCUCCUCUCUUCUUCUCUCCUCUUCCCGAGCUGUCGCCUCUCCCCUCAGCGGGCCUCUGCCCUCCCGCAGCCUUCAGGCAUGACUUCCCUGACCCAGCGCAGCUCCGGCCUGGUGCAGCGCCGGACCGAGGCCUCCCGCAGUGCCGCCGCCGAUAAGGAGCGGGGAGCGGGGGGCGGUUCGGAUGAUGAAGGCCGCCGGGAUGAGUCCGGCGACGACGAGAAGGGCGACUCCAAGGAAACGCGACUAACCCUCAUGGAGGAGGUGCUGCUUCUGGGCCUCAAGGACCGUGAGAUUGGUCUACAGUAGCAUUGAAAAUCUUCUGUAAUCUGGCAGAUAGUAGAUGUGAAAACCAUUCUACAAGGAAGGUGGAAGGUUUGUCUUUUUAUAAUUUUCUAGGUAGUAAUAAAUUUUACUGAAUCUUAUUGCUGCCAAAACCAAGAAUCAGUUUUGCAUUUUGGGGUUCCUUGUUGUCUUAGAACUUAAACAUGAGAAAAAACUUUCUGCAAGUAUUCUCAGCAUCAUUUUUAUAUCCUGGAAUUGUGGAGGCUUUUCUUUUUUCUUUUCUUAUAGGUCUGUAGAGGAGGGAAGAUACUGAAAUGAUUAUUGAAGACAUACUUAAGCAAGACCCUAACCUUGAGCAUUAUAUUUUCAGCUGAGUAUGAAUAGACUGGGGUAGGACCAUAGAUUCGGCGGUUCCUUGCCAAAGCAGAUUGAUUUGGGUCUUGACAGAGCAUGCUGUCAGAGAAGCCAAAUGUAGUUUGAUAUUUUAAUCUGUUUGGCGUUUUGCAGUACUGCAGUGUCAUGAAGUAUGAGAUUUUCUUAGAGGUAAAAAAUCAACAGCUAUUAGGCUUAAUAAGUUGAUAUGAAUGUAUUUUAGAAAGUAACAGAGCUCGUUAAAGCACAUUCAUGUUUUGACCAUGUCAGCUUUCCUUGUUGAAGAUUUACUCACAGCUUCAGCUUCUUUGUCGUGGUUACACUUGUCUCCAGGUAGAUUAAAUUGCAGUCUAACCUGCAUUAGAAAGAAUAGAACAGGUCUUUUUAAUCUUGCAAAGGUGAAAAUGGAUCAGUUCAUAUAAGAUAUCUCUUGUGAGAGCAGCCUGAUUUUACCAUGAGGAUUCAUGUAAUUUUGG